AUGAAGCUAUCGUUCCUCUCUACGGUCACCCUUGCGGCACUUGCCCAUGGUCACUGCAUCUUCCAAAAAAUAUCAGUAAACGGGAAGGAAUAUGGAUCUCUCGCCGGUCUCCGCGCUCCGAACCAGAACAAUCCGACGACAGAUGUCAACUCUCAGGAUAUGAUCUGCGGUAAAGUAGCCACCUCCUCUCAGGAGGUCAUCUCGGUCGCUCCCGGAGACAAGAUCGGUGCCUGGUGGCAGCAUGUCAUCGGCGGCGCCCAGUUUCCCGGAGACCCGGAUAACCCGAUUGCCGCAUCUCACAAGGGCCCGAUUACCGCCUGGCUGGCAAAGGUUUCCAGCGCUUCGUCCACCGGCAUCACCGGUCUCAACUGGUUCAAGGUCGCUGAGGAUAACCUUGACACCAGCUCUGGAAAAUGGGCCGUUGACAAGAUGAUCAGCAACAAUGGCUGGAGCUACUUCAACCUGCCUCAAUGCAUCGCCCCUGGGGAAUACCUGUUGCGCGUUGAGCUGCUCGCUCUACACUCCGCCCACACCCAGAACGGCGCUCAAUUCUACAUCUCUUGCGCAAACAUCAAGGUCACGGGAUCUGGAUCCUUGUCUCCGAGCUCGACUGUCAAGUUCCCGGGUGCGUAUCAGCAAAGUGACCCGUCUAUCUUCAUCAACAUCUAUGGCACUGGUGGUGUCCCCAACAACGGAGGCAAGGCGUACACAGCACCUGGACCGAGACCAGUCACUUGCUGA